AAACAAUGAAAUCAAAUCUCCUCUCGUAUCUAACGGUCUCUUCUUCGUCGUCACCUUCUCAUUGCUCAAUUUUUAUUACUCUUAUAAUAAAAAAAAAAAGAAAAAAAAAAGAAAAUGAUAGAGGAAAUGGGGCCUUCCUUCCAAAUAUAAAAAUAAGCUCUCUCUCUUUUUUAUUUUUCUUUCCUCUCUCUCCCUCUCUAUGUUUUCUUUGCCGUUUCCUUCCAUUCCUAUUUGAGAGCGAGAUAUUUUUGUGGACUCAUGUGCGUAUUGAGAGAGCCGGAGAGAUUGUGCUUCUAAAAUUUAGGGUUCUGUGUUGUAGUUUCUAGGGAACACAGGGAGAGAGAGAGAGAGAGAGAGAGAGAGAGAGGGGAAACAAUGCCGGCGUUGAGUUAUUUGGAUUGGUUUCUCUUCUCUCUCAGCAGAGCAUUUUGUAGUCCUCUCGCUAUUUUCAUUCAGAUCCAGUUAUGGUGCCUCGAAUACAUUGGAUUCUUCUGCACGACCUCACGGCAUUCAAGUUUUCAUUUCCAUUUUCUUUUCCUUUUUUUGGUUUAGUGAUUGCGAUUAAAUUAUAAAAUUCUAUUUUCUUUUACCUGCUGCGAUUUUCACAAUCUAACUUUUCCCAUAUUGAUUAGCUUUUUGCUCCUUGACCUUUGGACCUCAGUUGCACAGUUUAUGAAACGAAUGUCACUACACAGAUGCAUAUAAAAACUUCGGAACCGUUUCUUCUUUCUUUUUUUUUCUUUUGUUGGUGUGUGUGAGGGUGACAUGAAAAUUAUGGAGCAUAAUGAAGGUCAGAUAAAGGGAUGUGUGAUCUGCUUAACACUUGCCAUUGGGUGGGCUUUUGCUGCUUUUGUCAGGAAUAGAGAGAUCAAGCGGAUGAAGAAUAGUAUGAGAGCUGGCAAUAGCUUUGCAUUUCUUUUUCAUGAUAUUACUAAACUAGAGCACUCAAAUCAGGUCAAUCUGCCUCGAGUGACUGUUGUUAUGCCCUUAAAGGGGUUUGGAGAACACAACUUACAUAAUUGGAGAAGUCAGAUCACAUCUCUUUAUGGUGGUCCUCUGGAAUUCCUAUUUGUUGUGGAAAGUACGGAAGACCCUGCAUACCAUGCUGUAUCUCGCUUAAUAACAGAAUUUAAGGAUGAUGUUGAUGUUAGAGUUAUUAUAGCUGGUUUGUCAACAACUUGUAGUCAGAAAAUUCACAACCAGUUGUUUGGUGUAGAGAAAAUGCACAAAGACAGCAAGUAUGUAUUAUUUUUGGAUGAUGAUGUUAGACUGCACCCUGGGUCAAUUGGAGCCCUGACUGCUGAAAUGGAAAAAAAUCCUGAGAUAUUUAUUCAAACUGGAUACCCUCUUGAUCUGCCUUCCGGGAGUUUAGGAAGCUAUUGCAUCUAUGAAUAUCACAUGCCUUGUUCAAUGGGCUUUGCCACUGGUGGAAGAACAUUCUUUCUAUGGGGCGGGUGCAUGAUGAUGCAUGCUGAUGAUUUUAGAUAUGACCGCUAUGGUGUGGUCUCAGGACUACGAGAUGGUGGAUACUCUGAUGAUAUGACUCUUGCAGCUCUAGCUGGUGCUCAUAAGAGGCUUAUUACAUCACCUCCAGUUGCUGUUUUUCCUCACCCCCUUGCUAGCGAUCUCAGUUUUUCAAGGUACUGGAAUUACUUGAGGAAGCAAACAUUUGUAUUGGAAUCAUAUAUAUCGAAGGUUAAUUGGUUAAUGAACCGUGCAUUAUUUUCUUCCCACUGCUAUUUGUCAUGGGGGUUUGUAGCGCCAUACCUUAUGGCUAUGACUCAUGUUGCAGCAGCACUGCGAAUCUAUAUCCGAGGAUAUGCACAUGAGGAAACAAUCUUUGUUUCUAAUGGGUUGUUACUGGUCACUGGCCUAGCUGUGUGCACUUUUAUAGAACUUUUCUCAAUGUGGAAUUUGACUAGGAUAGAAGUUCAACUGUGCAACAUGCUAUCCCCUGAGGCACCUCGACUCUCUCUUGCAACUUAUAACUGGGUUCUGGUAUUCAUUGCAUUGCUGGUGGAUAACUUCUUAUACCCCAUAUCUGCAUUCAGUUCCCAUUUCUCUCAGUCUAUAAAUUGGUCUGGUAUACGGUACCACUUGAAGAAUGGCAAAAUAGGCAAGAUCGAAAGAAGUAAGGGUAAGGGCCCAAUUUACACGGACUUGGGUGGCAAACACUUGUAUGGGAAGAAAGGAGUUCCUCCCAGAUCCUCUUUCCUUGGCUCUUUGGCAAAGAGUUGGACACAGUGGCGACAGCCUAAGAAAUUUGAUGUUUAGAAAUUGGCUCUAACGGGUGAAAUUCUCGUGAUUUUUCGCGCUUUUAAGGAUCCAAUGGGCAGUUAGGGUUUUGGGAGCAGGAUUCUUGGUGGAUUGUUGUACUCUCGGAGAGGGUUGACCAUUCCGUUCUUGAUUUGAUUUUAGAGAUUUAGGAAUUUUAGCCUCAUUUUUUUAAAAAUCUCCUUUCAAUCAAUUUUAUUCUUCAAUUUUGGCCAUCUUCUUGUCUUGGGCUGAUUUAGUAACUUGCGGUGAUAUUUGUUCUGUAUUCUAUGUAAUUUAUACAGUUUAAUAUCAAAUGUCAGUCGGCAGUAUUUCAAA